AUGUCUCAUCCUGUGGUUGGUUUUGCAGAUCCGCCAAAUUCUAAAAAGCCAUCCAAAAAUCCUUAUCGCCAACAACCAGACUUGUCUGACGAUCCAAAAUCCAGAUCAACCUCUCAAGAAAUCGAGUUCCCUUCUUCGUCCAGCAAGCCAACACCAGUUAGGGCAGUGUUUCAUGAUCUGCACACUGCACACUCCUCAAUUACAUCCGGAAAUAAGAAAACUUUAAGCGGAAGACGUGCAAUUUCACAUAACCUCUUUGUGCCUCCCGAAAGAUCCGAUUCAGUUCCACUUCAGAAGAUAGAGAGAAAUCGCGGUGCCACCGUCGAGUCAUUUCUUCAAAACAUUCCACUUCCUCCACCUCCUGCUGCUUUAUUCCAAGGACGUUAUGGGUCUGAUACCGAGAAUUCAACUCCGGUUCCUCGCUCAAGAUCACAACGUCUCCCAUCAACCGUCAAGGGUGAGCCUGGAUCUCUACUUGCCAACAUAAAGACUGCUUUUGCAACCAUAACAUCACCCAUCACACCAGACACAAAAGAUGACGAAGAAAUCGCUUCGCAUUGGCCUCGAGAAAACCUCAACCUACCGAAAGGAACUUUUGGAAAGAAAGCUCCAGGAUAUAUGGAACUUCUCAAGGAGAAGGAUGAAGUAGGCCCAUCUACACCAGAAGCACGACUGUCAGGUCGAGGUGAAAAUGGUGGAGACAGGUCAAGUAUUCCAUAUCAAGGAAAUGACUUUUCUAUUUACCAUUCCAACCUUGGCGAUGCACCAUCAGGCUCCCUACCACCAAGUAGCCAUGAAGGCGGCAGUCCAGGAGAUCUUACUCGUACGAAUCCUCAUAAUCCAGCACGGCAUUCUCUGUAUACACCAUAUCAAGGAGAAACACAGUCACCGAUACGUAAAAGCUCUUCCGAGACAACUCCUCAAAGGCACAGCUAUGAUAUCAAACGAGCUACCAGCACGGUUGGCAAUAUAUAUAAGCAUUACCUUCACUCUAGUGGAGGAAGAGCUUUCGACUCUGAUAGCGAAGAAGAGGCCAACGAGGAAAGUCCUCUUCGAGGAGAUAUUGCUGCUAAGAAUCCCAACCAUCGAAAUCUCAUUGAGGAAUUUAACCUACACACAAGACUGAAAUCUGGAGAAAUGUUACCUUCCGCUCUGAACAUUAAAAAGCAACGAAACGUAGCAAGAAUGGCAGAAGAGUCUCAUGGUCAGCCACCGACCCGUACUUUACCUGACAUACCAAUCCUCGCCGUCCCAACAAUCACUCAAAGUGUAUCUCAAGGAACUGGCCAAUCAUCUUCCUAUGGUGAUACACACAAGCUACUCAAUCUUACUCAAACAACCAAAGCUGGAUCUAGAAAAGCUUUGGAGCAGAGGACUAAUGAUGUGCUUUCCGACGGUGAUGAUUCCGAGGUAGAGAUUGCCACACAAAUACACGUGCCUCCAUUCCCGUUUGCCACACCCAACGUUCAGUCCACGCCAAAAGUCGUGAUCUCUCCAGCCGAUGAUCCUUCAGUAUAUGGGGAUGAUCCUCACUGGACAGACCCAGUUAUCCUUCGACAGCCAUUAGAAAGAGAAGUCAGCAAAGCCCUCCGCCGUGCCAGUGGUUACAGUGUCUAUAGCAUGGAGAGUGUCUCGACGUCUUUUACAGGUCAAAAUGAAAUUCCCCGACCCCCAAGACCUGGACUGAAUUUCUCAAGGAAGCUCAAUGUCGAGGAUACACCUCCAUCAGACUCCGGGAGCCUCAAUACCGAGCAAAGAGAGUUUGUAGCUCAGGCGCAGGCUUUCUAUGAUCGUGGAGCAAUUGCACCAAAUUGGGUUACUGCUCAACAUCAAAACGUUGUCCGUAUUCCAAUCAGUCACAGCAUUAAUCUUCCCGAUUCUCCUCCAGAAUCCCCUUAUGAUCGACCUCUUGAAUCGUCUGAGAAACACACCACGCCCACCGAGGCUGAAGAUUGGGAGACUGUGGCAGAGAGUGCCGCGGGAGCUUUCGGACGUGCCAGGCACAACGAACCAGGAAUGAUGAUGGGGGGUCUUGUUAACAGAGCAGGAAGCAGCAUUGCAGAUAAUUCAGAUGAUGGUACAGAGAGUACGGAACCUCUACAUAUAGAUGAAUAUGGAUCUUCGGAGCGUAUUGCACAGCACCCAGGCAAUAUUGAGUACUAUGGGGACUAUCGUCAAAGAGAUCUCAAGAAGACUCACAUUCCCGUAUUUCUGCCUGUCUUCAGAGAGCACAAGGUCAAUGGUUACCUUGCAGAUUCAAACAGGACCCGGCCACCCCAAAACAACUACAACUAUAAUCCACAACCUCUCGGCAAAGCUCAUACCAAUCCUUUCAAAUCCCCCCCGCCAAAAAUGAAACCAUCUCGUGGUCGAAAUCUUAAUUUGUUCCCACCAUCCCUUCAUACAAGUGAAGAAAGUGCAGACUUCACAAAUUCAAAUCAAGGUCGGCAAGUUUCUUCUGAGAAUCCGGGACACGUGGAUGAUCGUUUAAGAUUUGACUGGACUAGUGAUUUGGGCCAGCCGGGAUUGGCAUUGGGUGGUUCUAAUGAUGAUAUCCCACCAUUGAAUAAGAAACGUUCUAGUUCGUGGCAAUAUGUGUUAGCUCUUGGGGAGAAACUGGCUAGCCCAAAGAAAGACCCGGCCACAACAACAUCAACGACUUCCAGUAAGCACAAGGAAAUCAAUAUCGAACUGAAGGCCGCCGGUACUUCCAAGUCUCAAGAUCACAAACCUUUUAUCAAAGGCCCGCCUGGUGCAUUUUAUAGGGACCUCCACAUGAACUCGAAGCAUGAACCAAGGCGUGUUAGUUUGAUUCAAGCGAAUAGACCUGCUAAAAUUCCUGCUCGGAACAAUAGUACAAAGGAUUAUCCAACAAAUGCCCUUCGACCUCUCGCGCUGUUGGCAUCUACCACCAACACACCUUCAACCGUUGAGAAUCGUCCGAAGAUUGAACAGCCUUCAACGCCCGUUCGAGGUCAUAAUCGUAAGGGUACUCAAAGUGAUAACUCCAAUGCUUUUGUUUAUCGAUCACCUCUCGCUCCUCCCAAGCGCCCAAGCUGGCAAGAUUUGUACAGUCCACAUCAGUUGCGAGAAAUCCGAAGUGCUGCAAGAGCCGAUGGUUUCUUCGAAUCUCAACCUGUACUCGGUGAUAGUCCUCGUGAUUCUAAAGGAAAUACAUGGAAGCAUUUAUUCGAAAAUCCGAAGUUAUCUCCUUGGUCUCAAAAUCCUGCUCAUAUCAUUACUGAGGCUCGUCGCAAGAGAAGCAUCUCAAUCAUUGUGUUAACCUUGUGUAAUCUGUUUCCUCCGAUUUUAUUAUUGUACGCAACUGGUCGAAUGGAUGGAAUCAUAGUAUGGUGGACCGAUGGGGAUUUUUCAUCUUUUGCACUAAAGCAAAAGAGAUAUGCAUGGUUGCUUUUGGCUUGUUGGAUGUGUUUUAUUGCUAUUGGUCUUGUCGCAUUUUUGGUUGUUUUCUUUACAAAGUUACAUCAGUGA